AUGCCAAGGCUCGUACCUACAAUUCUCACCCGCAGUGCCAUGUUCCGGCUAGCUUGCAGGACAAGGCCGCUGCGGUCUUCGGCUCCCCUUCGCGCCGCACGCUCAGUCUCAUCCGUUGCGCCGCCGUUAAUUCGGAUACAGAAUGCCACAUUCUACGAGAACUAUCCCACUCCCGAAGAUGCCGCCAAAGGCCGCAAUCCUCCCCUUUUUCCUGACUUCAACUUCGUUUUACCCGCCAAAUCCACCCCUGCUCAGGACGGCGGCGAUGCUCCGCAGACCUGGGCGGUAAUUGGCUCGGGGGGAAGGACGCAGAUGCUCGACGUUCUUCGUGGUCAAUACAUUUGCACACCGCCCACAGCGCGCAGCUAUCCGUACCUCCUCAGCGACGAGAUCGCCGAAAAGGAUCACCGCCUACGGUUUGCGGGCAACGCAAUACAAUACAUUGGCUUCAGUGGGGAAGGUUCUGGCGCCAUUGGAGGCACUCGCGGCGCGUAUCUGAGUGCCCGAUACGAGAGUCUCCGCGAGGAAACCGACUGGACAGCUCGCCAAUAUCUCAGAGGCCAAACUUCCUUGAACCCGUUGGAAUCCGAACAAGAUGGAAAGAUACAUGAUGAGCAGCUGCUGGCGCAGAUUGUUUCGGAGCUCCGGCUGGAGGAAUUACUCGAUAUGCCGGUUGCCAACUUGAGCAAUGGUCAGACCAGACGGACUCGGAUUGCCAAGGCCCUCCUCAGUAAGCCUGAAUUGCUCCUCCUUGAUGAUCCGUUCAUGGGCCUGGAUCCCGCUACCGUUCGAAGCAUCUCAGCCCUGCUCCGGCGCUUGGCGGCCAAGUCUGAUCCCCGCCUGGUUCUCGCUCUCCGGCCUCAGGACCCCUUGCCCGAUUGGGUCACGCAUAUUAUGGUGCUGGGGAACUCCCACCGGGUCCUUCUACAAGCUCCCCGCGCGGAAGCGGAGAAGGUGUUCAACGUAUGGAAGAAACUAGGCAGUUAUGAGAAGCCGACUGCCAAAGAAGAUCAGUGGGUUCACCACACCUACGAACAGGCUAAGGAAUACAUCGAUGCAGGCCAUCUCGAUCGCCAACUCAUAUGGGACAUGCGGCUAGCUCCGCCACAAGGAAAGGGUCGCGCUGCUCCAUCCUUCCCUAUCAAGGGCGGUGAACCACUGAUCGAAAUGGACGGCGUCCGCGUACAAUACGGUGAUAAAUGCGUCUUGGGCGACUGGACCCAGCACGUGCACAACAAACCCCAAGCUGGCCUGCACUGGACAGUUCGGCGCGGGCAACGCUGGGCCGUGCUCGGUGCCAACGGCUCCGGCAAAACCACUCUGCUCUCUCUCAUAACCUCGGAUCAUCCCCAAACCUACGCUCUUCCUAUCCGUCUCUUCGGCCGCACCCGACUCCCCGAAGCUGGGAGACCAGGCCUCUCGAUCUUCGAGCUCCAAUCCCGCCUUGGCCACUCUUCUCCCGAAAUCCACGCCUUCUUCCCCCGUCAACUGACCAUCCGACAAGCCAUUGAAUCAGCUUUCGCGGAAACCUUCCUCGCUAAACCCACUUUGAAUCAUGAUCGUGACCUGGACGUCAGCGCCAUCCUCCGCUUCUUCCGCGCCGAACUUGACCCCGAUGUCUCCAACAUCUCCCAAAAACCUACCAAAGUCACUACUCCCCGCGAUCUCUUUCCCACCCUCGUCAAAUCUGACACCGACUUCUACAAUCCCGACCACGGUGUUGAGUAUGCCGACACGGUUCGCUUCGCUGAGCUGAGCACUGCUCAACAGCGCCUGGUCCUGUUUCUUCGCGCUCUCGUUCACCGACCUGAUAUCGUCAUCUUAGACGAAGCCUUCUCCGGCAUGCCUGCCUCCAUCCGGGACAAGUGUCUAAACUUCAUCGAACAUGGCGAGUUCGUCACUAAACGAGUUGUCAAAGUCCACCCUGCACCCGAGGAUGCUCGGUUCCGUGGACUCACGGAUGAUCAAGCUUUGGUCAUGAUCUCCCAUGUGAAGGAGGAAAUUCCUCCCAGUGUGCGCUACUUCAUGCGGCUACCUUCCGAUGCGGGGGAGUCGUUAGAUUUUAGAUUUGGUACACUAAAGCCGGGGAGUAGACUGAGCGAGCCAGUAGUUUGGGAUAAGGCUUGGGCGGCGAAUUUCCAGGAAGGUGCGGUACGUGCUGAGGUUGAGAGUGUGGCGGAAGGAGAGGCGGUGCGGGAGGAUUUUGAAAGAUUCGAGUGGUACUCUAUAUGA